AUCUGUGAUUUGUAGAAGCCGAGUUAUUUGAGUAAAGUCUCAUCCGCUUUGUCUUAAAACCAAAAGUUUGUGACGUAAAGAAAGUUUUGACUGGUUUCUUCCUAAACUAUCAGAGCUUGUUUUUCUUCCUUGAAUAACAUUUCUUUGAGAUAUAAAAAAUCCACGUUGUCAGUCAUCGCUGGGAAUAGUUAUGGAUGACUUGCAAAUCAGAAUAAUGAGUAAGACGAAAAACAGAAAUAACAUUGCAGGAACAUCCAAACCAAAUAAGAAAAAUACACAAACAACGAAUUUUCCAGAAGGUGCUUCUAAAAAUCCGCUACUGCCGUUCCGGAACGUACCACCAGAUGGCGGAUGGGGAUGGAUGGUAAUGCUAGGCAUUGUUUUGAAUAACGUCUUCAUAAUGGGACAAGUGAAGUCGUCUGGUGUUUAUCUAACGAUGCUGAUGGACGAAUAUAAAGCUAACCCAUCGAGGGUAUCAUGGGUUACCUCGUUACAAUAUACGUUAAUAAAUGUUCUGGGUCCUUUGUGGAGUGCCACGGCCGAGAUCAUGGAUGUUCGUAUGAUCAUGAUAUUUGCCGCUAUAGUUCAUUCUGCUGGCCUCGUGAGUUCUUGUUACGGACCAAAUGUCGAAUUUCUUUUCUUUUCACUGGGAAUCCUGGGAGGAAUUUCUUGUGGAAUCUGCUAUUUCUCUGGAGUGGUAAUGGUUACAAAGUACUUUGAAAAAAGGAGAACCUUUGCUAACGGCCUUGGAUUAGGGGCUACUGCUUUAGGUGGGAUUGUAAUUCCCUUACUAUUAGAAGGAUUGGUUUCUGAAUAUGGUGUCCGUGGAACUUUGCUUAUUAUGGGGGCUCUAAUGCUGCAUGGAAUUGUUGGUGCUAUGUUAUGGGAGCCGGUGGAAAGACAUUUAAAAAGAGAAAAAAUAUUCAUUGCCGAUACAUGCUCUAAGGGUGACCUUCGAAAGUUUAUCGGGCCUCGACACUCUGAUCCUUUGAUUAAUUCAACAUUUCAACGAGAACUUAAAGACAUGUCGAAUCAGAUUAAAAUUACAGAAAAUGCUGAACAAGAGGAAAAUAAUUCUCUUAUUGUCGAUUGUUUGCCUCUAAGGAGGUUCACUAUUGACAAUGUUGAUCUAUCUUUAUUAUCCAAGGAAAUGGAAAGCAACACUCGAUUAAAAACACGUGAUUACCAGCCCACUAUGUUCACCAGCAUGAUCGAUCUUGGAGGAACGGUUGGAACCAUCAACUCAGAGAAACUGAAAACAAAGGGUCUUGAAUUUUUUUUUCUACACUACAAGAACCUGUUCGACUUGUCACUGUUUUCGUCCUUACAGUGGUAUCUCCUAACUACGACGUUCGUUCUUACACUGACUGGAUAUCCUGGAACCCAUAUAUUUCUUCCUCUUCGAGCUAGGUACGCCGGUUUGAGCUCUGAACAAGCGUCGUUUUUGCUAUCCGUCAUGUCCGCAACAGAUACAACAGCAAGAAUUGCGUUUUCUUGGCUAGCAGAUCGAAAUUUCUGCCCAAGAAGAUACUGGUAUAUUGGAGGUGUCAUGUCAGCCGGAACUGCAUGUAUUGCUUUUGUUUUCACAAACACUUAUUUGAGCAUGUUGGUUACCAGCUGUCUAGCUGGUUCUGCAUCUGGCUGUUAUCUUCCACUGUUGUUGCCCAUCUUUGGAGAAGAAUUUGGAAGCAAAAGACUAGCUACAGCCUAUAGCUUAUCGGCCUUGUUCGCUGGCUUAGUUGUUUUGGGAACCAUCCCAUUUCUCGGCUACCUGGUGGACAUCACCGGAAGCACAACACUGUGUUAUAGCGUUCUGGGGGCCUGCUUGUUGACAGCAGGAUCUUUUGUUUUUCUUAGUCAGCUUCUAUCGACAAAAAAUGGUAAUCUAAACAAAUUGUAAGAACAGAAAGGAUUCGCCUUAACUAAAAUAAACAUCACAUAAAAUUCUAUUUAAUAAAAUACUCAUAAUGUCUAGACAAUGUUCACUUGGACAUGAGACAAACUUGGGACGUUGCCUGGACAGCAUAGUGUCUUGAUCUUCUCCGUUCGUAGAUAGUUCUUUAUAUGAAACAAUAAAAUAAAACGUAUGAUGUUUUUAAAAUAGGCUUAGAGUGAAAAUUCCUCUUUAUUUCACGUCUACUGCAUAGAGUGUAUGAAUAUUACAUUAGUUUUAGCUCUGUGGCAUGGAGCAGAGUCAUUCUGGUAUAUUCACUGGUCGUCCCCAUUGUUAGUUUUAACCAAGACACACGAAUUUCAAUCUUGUCAGUACCAAAUGCGGGCGUCCAACACCCUGGCGAGAGAUGAAUCCCCAUAUCACAUGAUCCUACAGGUGCUUCCUGUUGCAUUCAAACGCUUUGCCUCUUACAAAGUGCUUCCCAUCAGAAGGUUCACCUGAAAAUAUUAUAUUGCUACAGGUUUCUUCAGUUCAAUCAACAUGUUCUUUGGCACAGCCGAGUCUCAUCUUUAUCAUCUUGUUGAUGAGGAGGGUUUCUUUCUUAGUUGAGAGACCGACUGAACACAGGCGAGACUGUGGUGACAGUGAUCCUUGAAAUUUUCUGCCUUUAAGAGCUGUGGACGACAGUUGACAAUUCUGUAGGCUUAUGAAUUUCAGAACAUGGUCAUCAGCUGCUGUGGAAGCUUUCUUCCUACCCUUUCCUUUGUGCUGCUCCUCAAAGUCAGUCUCUCUAUAUCUAUGCACCCUGCGGGUCACGUUAGACUAGUUAUACUUAAUUCUGUCAGCAAUCUGCCUAGUCGAAAGUCCCUCUUUGCUCAAAGAAACAAUAACUGUUUUGUAUUUUUUAUUUUUCGUGGAGUUAACUCUAACCCUUGGCCAUGGUAGCAUCACGUGUACGUGAUAGCAAUAGGUUUUUUAACUGACUUUAAGCUAGAAUCACUAUUUAUAGACAUAAAACGGCUGGUGCAAAACCCAGAGUCUGUAAAGCUGAUGAUGUUAUGAUUAGACAUAAUUGCAUCAUUCAUGAAACACUACUUGCACCUACAUGCAUUAGAGCUUCAAAACAGACGAUGAUUCUGAAGAAAAGUGUGAAACAAAUUGGGUGAUGUAAUAGAUUUUUCCACCACUGUAAUAGCAAAUGUAACGUUUCUACAAUUGGUAAAACGGUUAAUAAUAAAUCUGACAUUUCUACAUUUUUUAAGAAACUAAUAACAAGUCAGAUAUUUCUACAUUUUGUAAGAAAUAUAUAAUAACU